CUCGCCGGUGUCAACAACUCAGUUCCCGCGCAUAAUCUGAACAGAUUCCAAUCGAAUCAGUAGUAAUUCGACGCCAGAGGCCCUAUUUAGUCCGCUCAGAGGUUUGGGUGUGUCUAGUCAGGCUUGCGCGCUACAGUCGAACAAAUAAUCGGCCCCGACGCCGCCGUCGUUGUUCAAGAUCAAGUUCGUGCGUAGGGCGUGUAAAAGAAAUGGGCCAGCGCGGUGUGUGACUUAUCAAGAGUCGAACAAACGAUCGAGAAGAAAUUAAUUGCUGCUGGCUUAGCCGUGCGCGGUGUGGGGCACUCCACCCGCACUGGGGAUAAUAAUCAGACGGUGUGGAAGCUGGCUUUGCUGUUUGCCGGUGCAAGAGAUAGCAGUGAUCGAUGGAAUUAUGAGAAAUAUGCGCAAAUUAUAAGUUAUUGUUGAUUAAUUAGGAGUGUAUUACCUUCGGAAUGGGAUUAAUAACAGCCUGGUUGCUGACCAUAGUAGCAGCUAUUAUACCCAUAGCAAAUAGUGAUUCAAACACUCGCGAUGUUGGGUCCUACAACUACAAUUCCAACGGAAACUUCCAAACUCACCAACAGUAUUACAAUUUUUAUGACCAAAACACCAAAGAAAAUAAUAUCGAAUACGAAUCGUGGAACCUUGCACCAUCGAACCACACCUAUUCCUAUCGUGAAGAGGACGAAUUUGGUCCAUCGAAUUGGGGCGCUCUCAGCGGCAGCUGUGACGGUUUGUUCCAAAGUCCAGUGAACUUGGCAGUGAGCAGAUCUUUGUUUGUUCGAAAAAAGCGCCCAUUGGAACUCGUAGGUCUGUAUAGUCGCCCUGCCCGGAUAACGGUUCUGAAUGAGAAUGGUUCGGCUGUCUACUUUCUCGAGUACCGCAGUGAAGAUCAUCCGCGACUUCGUGGAGGGCCGCUGAGGGUUGACUAUGUGUUCUUUCAGUUCCACUACCAUCUAGGAUCGGAACAUUCGCUGGAGGGGAAAAGAUCGGCGGCGGAACUACACCUGGUGUUCUACAACAGUUUAUAUGAAUCAUUUGAUGCGGCUCGAAACCAGGUGGAUGGUGUAGCAGUGAUAGCACUGUUGUACGAUGUUUUGAAGACGGGUCGAAUCGAAGCAAUGAACAAAUGGACUCGUUACCUAGGUAAAGUGGUCGAAGAAGGUCAUGAUUACAGUGUUCCAGUUUAUGGUUUGUUCUCUCUGGGUGAUGUAAUGCGGACUUCCGCAUGGCCUUACUUCUCCUACGAGGGAAGUUUGACAACACCUCCCUGUUCGGAAACGGUCCAGUGGAUUGUGGCCACCGAGCGGCUUGUGUUGACGAUGAGCGAACUUAAGAAAAUGCGGCAGCUGAAAGGUAGAGGUAGUGAGUGGGUGCUUAAUUCUAGACCUAGUCAGGCACUCAACUAUAGAAGGGUGUUCUUGUACUAGCAUUGAUUGUGGUGAAUGCGAGAAGCAGUUUCCAAAGAAGUUACCAGAUAGAUGAGCAGGGCUUAUGUAUCCAUUAUUACUAGCCGUGUCCGAAUUCGUGCCAUUGAGUAUUAAUGAACGGUAAUAUGUCUAAUUAGACAACGUAAUUUUGAAUAAAUCGUAUUAGAAUAGAUAUGUUAUUUGAAUAAAACUAGCGUUCUAUCGUAUAUCCGGCUGCGAAAAUUUGUGCUAAAUGAUUUUCUGU